AUGGCGACGAUAUCCCCCCAAAAGACAGCCGUGGGAACCUCCGAGGCUGCCGGACUGAGUCCAAGUCCAGCACCACCGGAGCGCUUAUCACUCUUCACACGAGCGCGACUGUUUCUGAAAAUAUGGGCGAUGAAGAUCCAAGUCAAGGUCCUCGUCGGCCUCAUGCGAACCUUCAACGCCUCGAAACUGCGCAAGACACUGCCCACCUACACCAAACGGUAUGAGGUUCGUCCCAUGCUCGAGAACCGUGUCUUCAUCCCCUCCAGCGCACAGCCGGGCGCAAAGCAUCCGCUGUUCAUGGUCAUCCACGGCGGCGGGUUCGUGUUGAUGGAUCCGACCAUGGACGAUCCCAUCAACCGAAAAUUCGCGGACGAGCACGGGUUCGUGGUCGUGAGCAUCAACUACCGCAAAGCGCCCUCGUAUCCAUUCCCGACGGCGGUGCAUGACGCCGCAGAGAUUGCGCGGGCAGUGCUCGCCGACGCCGAUCUGCCGGUCGACCACUCCAAGGUCGCGCUCGGUGGGUUCUCCGCGGGCGGCAACCUCACUCUGGCGAUCGCCCAGUUGCCCGGUAUCAAGGAGAAGGUGAAGUCGUUGGUGCCAGUCUACCCGGUCGUCGAUUUCACGGGGAGAUACGAGGGCGAGUUUCGACCCGGCCCGGACGGGAAGCCGGACAUGUUGCAGGACACGGCGCCUUUGUUCAAUUGGGCCUAUUUGCCCGAGGGUCAGGACAGGACAGAUCCGCUGCUGAGCCCGAUCUGUGCCGGAAGGGAUCGCCUGCCUCAACGUAUCUUCUUCAUCGGCGCCGAAUAUGAUUACUUGUGCUUUCAGGCUGAGAUCAUGGCCCGCAAACUCGCUGGGCUGGACGAAACGGCCGAUACGGGCCCCGACUGGGAGAAAAACGGGAUCAAAUGGCGUAUGGUCCCCAAUGUCACCCACGGCUGGACUCAUAUGCCCAAGCAGGGUGAGGAAGAGGUCCAAAGGAAGGAGGGACUCGAGGUUCUUUAUAAAGAGAUUGCAGACUGGUUGAAGCAAUGA